AGUCGGUGCUGAGGCGGGACGACGACUCUCCGCCAUGCAGGCAACAGGUUGCUCCGGCGGCGGGGGGGAGAAUUUACGGAUGUCCUCCCUCCAUUGAGUAACAUCUCCUCAUCCCAUCAGCGCUGAACGGAGCCGCUGCUGGACGGACACAUGCUGGACCUCUGAUCACCUCUGCAGGCUGCUUGCACGCAAACCAGGAAGUGAACAUGAGCAGUCUCUCCGCCGACAGGAAGCCACCCGUGGAUUAUGGCGUCCAGAUCCGCUUCAUCAAAGACCUCCACGACACCGGCGGCAGCUACCCCGAUAAAGCCAAAGGGAGCAACAGUACGACGGCUCCUUCCAACAAAUAUGGUGUUGCUGUGAGGGUUCAGGGAAUCUCUGGACAGCCUUAUGUGGUUCUGAAAGAUGGAGAGAAAGGCGACUCAUACGGUGUUCAACUAAAUACCCCCACCUCCAGCUCGGGGCCACCUUCACCGUACAACACCACCCCCAAAACGAACAAAGAACCAGCAGAGUUUGUAAACCCUUAUGGCCCUGUUGUGAACACAUCCCGCUCCCCUGUUUCUCCAGCUGAGGAUGAGGAUGGGGAAAUUUUCAGGAGCCCUCUUAAAAGACCUCCAGGUGACGGUCAGGCAGGAACACAGGGUGAGGAGGAAGGUGGAGCGACACCGGCAGAGAGGCCCAAAGCUGAACCCAAAGCAACAGUCGGCACAACAGAGAAAAAUCGGACUAGUGAGGAGGAGUAUAACGAAGCAGGGCUGAAACCUGUCAAAUUAAACACAGCAGCAGCACCCAAAGGGGUUAAGCAAACUGCCUCUGGUUUCUCUGGCUCUUUGGGGAAGUACAACGGCAAGAAAUCGAGCACCGAUUCCCCUUCACAGCCAUUCCCAAAUCCUCCAGCGCCAACUGCUGAGGAGCCUGCACCUGCAAUCGACACCAACUCCCUGGCUCCCAUUAACAAGCUCAUCAGUAAGUUUAACAGUGCAGCACCGGGCAGCGCGCCGCAGACCAGAGGCCGCCCCGGAGCAAGGCAGCGGCUCAAGUUUGAUGAUCGCAGGAGGUCCAGAAGCCUUGAUGCUCGAAAAGAAGUUCAGCCAGAAACCUCCAUUCCCCCUCCCAGUUCUCCCACUCUGAAUCCCUACGCUGCUCCCCUGUCUGCCUCCUCCAGUUUAUUGAUAUCAUCUGCUCCGGCAAGUGGUAACCUGGGAAAGAGCCCUGCAUCUGUUGCCAAGGUGACAGCACUUGAGGCCCCCAAAGCGAGCUACAAGUCACCAGAGAAGUUUGUUGCCAAGGACACCCAUCCAGCUGUGCCAAAAAAGCCUGAGAUCCUGCCGAGGAGUCAAAGCACAGACAUCACGAGAGUCUCGAGUCAAGAAGCUCAUUUCAACCAGUCUGUUUAUAACAGCUUCAAAGACGACACCAGUGAGAGGGAAGGACCCAUCAAGAGAAAAGUCAACCUUGUCUAUGACACAAGCAGCAGUUUCAAGAAAGGAGGAUCUGAUGGAAGCCUCAAAAAGUUGAGCCUCGAGGAGCUUCAGGAGCAGCUCAGACGCUGCAUGAAAGACCUGCAGCAGGCGCACGAUGAACUGGCUGAGGAGCGAAUGGCCAGAGAAGGUGCAGAGUCUCGUCUGCGGCUGCAGGAAGAUCAGCUGGCUGGACUUCAGGAGGAGUUGAGGAGGGUUUCGGAAAACUCCCCCCACUCAGACUCACUGGAGGCUGAUGUGAUGACUCUGAGGGCUCAGCUGGCCGAGGCCGCCUUGUUGCGUCAGCGCCAAGAGGACACGUUGCACCAGCGGGAACGGGAGCUGACGGCCCUGAAGGGGGCGCUGAAGGAGGAGGUGGAGGGUCACGACCGAGAGAUGGAGGCUCUGAGGGAGCAGUACAGCCAGGACAUGGACAACCUGAGGAGAACCAUGGAGCAGGUCACACAGUCCCAGGAGCAGAUCGAGGAGGAGAGGCAGCGGGUGAACACCUCCAUGUUGACGCUGGAGGAAGAGCUGGAGAGCUGCAGAGAUCAGGGGGAGCAGUGGAAGACGGAGCUGGAGGCCACCGCAGAGGAGCUGCACACCACCAGAGAGGAGCUGCAAAAAUCUCGCUUGGAGAAGGAGGAAUUUGAGGGCACGCUGAAGGAUCUUCAGGAUUCUGUGCUUGCCGUGAAGAAACAAGCGCCUGACGAUAACCGCUCUUCAGCAGAGGAGCUUCGGCGUUGCCAUGACGACCUGAAGCGGACUCGCGCCGAUCUGGACAAACAAAAGGGCGAGCUGGACGAGAAAAACGAGGCACUUCAGGCCCUGAGGAGAGCGAGCGGAGAGAAGGAGGCCGAGCUAAAGUCCGAGAUCGUCAGGCUGAAGGAGCAGUCGCAGAAAGACAAGGCCGAGCUGGAAAAGGCGGUCGAGAAGGCGAAGGAGUCAGCUGGGUCUACAGGAAAGUCAGUGGUGGAUGGAACCAACCAGGAGCUCCAGGAGACAAACGCUCGCCUCAGAGAAAGGCUGGCCCGACUGACCAGGCUUCACUCCCGGAGCUCGGAGGUGGAUGAGGCGGUGGAGGCUCUGGAGGACGAGAACCGCUCCCUGAAGACUCAGCUGGAGGAGGCCAAGAGAGGAGCCACCCGGCUGGGCAAGGAGAGGGACGAGCUGACCCGGCGGCUGGAGGAGAGAGACCUGGAGAGGGAGGCGCUGAGGAGAGGCAAGAGCGACCUGGAGGAGCAGAAGAGGCUGCUGGACCGAGCCCUGGAGAAGAUUAACAAAGAGAUGGAGAUGAUGAUGGGAGAUUCUCGUCAGUCGGUGUCCGCCCUGCAAACACAGCUGGAAGACUACCGGGAGCGCUCCAGGAAGGACCUGCUGGAGGCACAACGCAACAGCAAGGACAGACUGGCUGAGCUGCAGAGGGCUCAGAGCAACCUGAAGGCCCAGCAGGAGGAGGUUUCCCGUCUGAAGAAGGAGCUGCUGACUUGCAGCGAGGAGAGAGACGGCGCCCAGCUGGAGAGAGACCUCCUCAACAACCGGCUCAAACACUUGGAGAGCGAACUAGAAUCAGAGAAGAGCACCCACACCGACCGUGGCCGGGAGAUCAGAGGCCUGGAGGAUAAAAUUAAAUCGCUGGAGAUCGAACUGGAUGAGGAGAGGAGCAGUGUGGAGCUCCUGAACGACCGCAUUACCCGAAGCAGAGAUCAGGUGGACCAGCUUCGCUCAGAGCUGAUGCAGGAGCGGUCAGCGCGACACGACCUGGAAAUGGACAAGAGUGCGCUGGAGAGACAGGUAAAGGAGUGGAAGUCUCGUGUGGCCGACAUGGAGGGGCAGCCUCGACCUUCAGCCGGAAUCACGCUGCUGGAAAACAAAAUUCAGGAGAUGGAGGAGAGACUACGCAGCGAAGAAAGAGAGAAGGCCGGCAUCCAGGCGGCUCAGAGACGGAUGGAGAGAAAACUGAAGGAGCUAAACGCCACAUUGGACCAGGAGAGAACCCAACAUGUUGAGCAGAGAGAUCAGCUGACUCUGCGGGUGAAGGCCUUGAAGCGUCAGGUGGACGAGAGCGAGGGCGAGGUGGAGCGUCUGGAGGGGGUCCGACGGAAGGUUCUCAGGGACCUGGAGGAGCAGCAGGAGCUCCAGGAGGCGAUGCGGGCCAAAGUCACGGCGCUGGAGGCCGAGCUCAAGCGGAAGUCUCAGCUCACACAUCGCACGGCUCUGGGUUCGACCACUCUGAGCUCCGAGGAAGAGGACGGUUUCUACGACAACAGCAUCACCUCCAUCCUCAACGAGGGUCACCUGCAGACCACCAACUGCUAGAAGAAGACGACAGCUUUUACACUAAACACCUUUUCUUGUUUUCAGAUAGAUACGCUCGGGGCAUCCGGGCCUCACUUACAAACUCGCCUCACAGUUGCUCUUGCUUUUAUUUUUAGCCCAACGGAGACGAGCUGUCAGGAUAAUGAGCAUUUUUGAGCCUUCAGCUGUGAUCGCUUCACUACUGUCUUGUUUUCUUCAGAUCUUUCUCUGCCAUGUUGAAGAGAAUGUUUUACUUAACGCCUCCUUUUUCCGUGUGUUUGUUGUGUUGAAUAUUUCCCGUGGCAUGGUUUACGUUCAGGUCACAUGGUGGAUUUCAAAUCGCCUCUAAACCAAAAAAAUGACAUUUUUCUUACAGUUUCUUACCUGCUCGUGCAUGAUAACUUACAUCUGUCAGUGUUGUUGUUAGCAGCUCCAAGUGUGUUGAACGUGAUGUAAUUUUUUUUUUUUUUUUUUACCUUUUAAAUGUGACAUUUUACUGUAUGGGCUGCUUAAACUGAGCCUAUAUUUUUAUUACCUGUGCAGACAAUCAAAUAUAGCAGCACUGUGUCUCCUCAGAGGUGAAAGUCAUCACAUGGUUAAUAUAUCGGGAUGUAUUAAGCUUGAUUCUCGCGCAUGUCUUCACUCAGAUGCCUUAAAGAGUCUGUAUUUUCAUGUUGUAGCCGCAUGUGUUCUGUUUGUAGGCUGCUGCUGGAAUGAUUUAAAUAGUAUUUCAUAUGCUUGCCUCUGUACAUUCCUACUGGAAGCAUCGUUAGCUUAGAUUUGGAAGCGUUCCACAUUUCUGUUAUAAUAUAUUCCUUCUAAUGACGUUUUGAUGGUGUCGUUGCGUUUUUCACAGGCCGCUUUUGAACUUUCCAUUGGGGGAAAUUACAAUUUAAAUUUAAAAUGUGUUUAUUAAGCUGCUGGUAGCGUUUGACAGGCGCCUUGUAAGCUUCACUAGCAAUUUUUGGCAGAAAUUUUAGGCAGAUUUUGGACCCCGUGUACAAUAAAAAGAGGAAUAUUGUA